ACAUUUGUCUUUUUGAACCUGUGAUUUCUGCAGCUAUGUCGGCUCAGGAGCUCUUUGUCGCUGCAGCUCGUGAAUGUCUGUCCGCUGGUAGAAAGUCUCUCUCGGUCCCUCAGAGUCUGGACCUGGCUGCUCAGGUCUCGGCUGUUGAUUUGGGAUUGAAACCAGCUUUAUUGUACGAUAGCAACGGCGCCGGUGCAGAUCAGGUGCAGCGGUAUUUGAGCUCUUUGCAGUCUUCGCAGCUUGUGUCUAAAUCACUUCUCACACUAGAUCUGAACGGAAACGCUCUCAUUGUCAAUCCGGUUACAGUCAGAACAAAUGUAGAACAGCUGUUUCACGAUGGCGGCGUGUCUGUGAUCGACGUCCGCCACUCGCUGGAGAAACCUGCCGUCGCUGACCCGCUCACAGAAGAGCUGAAGAGCAUGACACACGAUUUACUGCUUCUCCUGAGAGGGUUCGAACUGAAGGAGGCUGAGAAACCUCAUUAUGUCGGAGAGAAAUCAGAGGACUGGAACCUGUGCACAGUGUUCGGUCUUUUACUGGGUUACCCUGUCACCUACUGGUUCGAUCAGACCAAGAGCUUCGAGAACUGUCUGUCUAUGACUCCCCUGAUGGUGACUACAGCUUCAGCCACAUGGCUUCCAGACUCCGCAGGUCACACGUGUCGUCUGUACUCCUUCAGCGUCCCGGCCGCUCUGCUUCAAGACACGCAGCCCAACCUGGAAAACUGGAGGCUUCGUUUACAGGAAAGAUUUCAGCAGCAAAAUGUCCUAAAAGAUCUCAGAGUUUGUCAGUCCACAGUCACGCUGCCUUCAGUCUGUUUGUGAUGCGAGCAUAUUUCGUUACAAUAAACUGUAUGUGAGAACAUGUGGGUUUACUCUUAUCGCUCCAUUAAACUGUUUCAAAACA